GAGGGGAAUAGUAUUUGGGUAGGUUGAAGCUUACUCUGCUCCCUGAAUUCUGGGAGAAAAGGAGGAGAUGGAGGGAGGAGUAACUAACAGAGAGGGGAGGUGUCCCUCUAAUCUAAGGAGAUGAAUUAGGAAUGGAGGAUUAGGACUGAUAAGGGGGAAGUUCUGAGAAGGCAUCUGGGUCUGGAAGAGAGAUCUCAGGGGUAGAAGGCUAAGGCAACAGCUGUGUUGGGGGUCCCACGGAGUGCCUUAGUCCCUUUUCUCCCUCUGGGCCCCUCAAUCUUACCUCUCUAGAUGCCCCAUCUCCUGGCAACAGGGUUGUGUAAUUAAAGCACUGCUCAUAAACACUGGGGUUUAGGCCUGGCUCCACCACUAAAACAGUGUGGGAUCUUGGGCAAGUCCUUUCCUUAUCUGCACUUCUGUUUCCUCCCUGUACGAUGACCUUUAAAGUCCCUUCAGUUCUGACAUUCUGUAAUUCCUCCAGAGGCAGAAUGAUCCCAGUAGCUGAAUUCAAGCAAUUCACGGAGCAGCAGCCAGCAUUCAAAGUGUUGAAGCCAUGGUGGGAUGUGCUAGCAGAAUACAUCACAGUGGCCAUGCUCAUGAUUGGGGUCUUUGGCUGUACCCUACAGGUGACCCAGGACAAGAUCAUUUGUCUGCCUAGUCAUGUGCCCCGGGAGAAUCUAUCAGAGACCCCAUGUGGGGAGCUGCCCCGGGGAAUCUCCGGGGACACAGAGGACCUUCGGGAGCUCAGUGGCCUCAAGAACAACCUGGACUUACAACAGUAUAGCUUCAUCAACCAGCUUUGCUACGAGACAGCCCUCCACUGGUAUGCCAAGUACUUCCCCUACCUCGUUGUCAUCCAUACCCUCAUCUUCAUGGUCUGCACAAGCUUCUGGUUUAAGUUCCCUGGAACCAGUUCCAAGAUCGAACACUUUAUUUCUAUCUUGGGCAAAUGCUUUGAUUCACCAUGGACCACUCGGGCCCUGUCGGAAGUUUCUGGUGAGAACCACAAGGGUACCUCAGGACGGGUAACAGCCACGGCCAUAGCUGGGUCAGGAAAGACAGGCGAGUCAGAGAAGGGGCUGACUGAGCCAGAGAAGGUGGUGAUGGAACCCCCAGCUGUCACUCUGUUGGACAAAAAGGAAGGGGAGCAGGCCAAGGCCCUGUUUGAGAAGGUCAAGAAAUUCCGUGUGCAUGUGGAAGAGGGUGACAUUCUCUAUACCAUGUACAUUCGCCAGACGGUGCUCAAGGUGUGCAAGUUCCUGGCCAUUCUGAUCUAUAAUGUCAUCUACGUGGAGAAGAUCAACUUCUUGGUGGCCUGCCAGGUGGAGACAGCAGAAGUCACAGGGUAUGCCAGCUUCUGCUGUAACCACACGAAGGCUCACCUCUUUGCCAAGCUGGCUUUCUGCUACAUCUCCUUCGUGUGUGUCUAUGGUCUCACUUGCCUCUAUACCCUGUACUGGCUCUUUCACCGGCCCCUCAAGGAGUAUUCUUUCUGCUCAGUGAGAGAGGAAACGGGAAUGGGUGACAUUCCAGACGUCAAGAACGACUUUGCCUUCAUGCUCCACCUCAUUGACCAGUAUGAUUCACUUUACUCCAAACGCUUUGCCGUCUUCCUCUCCGAGGUCAGCGAAAGCCGACUCAAGCAACUCAAUCUCAACCAUGAAUGGACGCCAGAGAAACUGCGCCAGAAGCUCCAGCGCAAUGGGAGAGGGCGGCUAGAGCUGGCACUGUGCAUGCUGCCAGGGCUACCCGACACAGUGUUUGAGCUGAUCGAGACAGAGUCUCUCAAGCUGGAGGCCAUCUGUGAUAUCACUUUUCCUCCCACCCUCUCCCAGCUGGUUCACCUGGAAGAGCUCAGCCUGCUCCAUUCCCCUGCCAAGCUGCCCUUCUCUUCCUUUGUUUUCUUGAGGGACAGACUGAAGGUGGUGAGGGUCAAGUGUGAGGAGCUUCGAGAAGUACCCCUGUGGGUGUUUGGGCUCCGGAGCCUGGAGGAGCUCCAUCUGGAGGGCCUCUUCCCUCCAGAACUUGCUCGAGCCGCUAAUCUGGAGAGCCUUAAAGAGCUAAAGCUCCUCAAGUGCCUCUCCUUGAGAAGCAAUGCGGGCAAGAUGCCCCCCAGUGUGACGGACGUGGCGGGCCACCUGCAGCAGCUCAGUCUCCACAACGAUGGGACGAGGCUGCUGACCCUCAAUGGACUCAAGAAGCUCACGGCGCUGAGAGAGUUAGAGCUGGUAGGCUGUGGGCUGGAGAGGAUACCCCAUGCUGUCUUCAGUUUGACUGCGCUUCAGGAGUUAGACCUGAAGGACAACCACCUCCGCUCCAUUGAGGAGAUCCUGAGCUUCCAGCACUGUCGAAAACUGGUCACGCUCAAGCUAUGGCACAACCAGAUUGCUUAUGUCCCGGAGCAUGUUCGCAAACUGAAGAGUUUAGAGCAGCUAUACCUCAGCCACAACAAGUUGGAGACUCUGACGCCCCAGCUCUGUUUCUGCACCAACCUCCGCCUUCUUGACAUUUCGCACAAUGGCCUGCGCUCCUUGCCCCCAGAGGUGGGCAUUCUCCAAAAUUUGCAGCAUCUUGCAGUUUCCUACAAUGCUCUGGAGGGACUCCCCGAUGAACUCUUCUUUUGCCAAAAGCUUCGGACUCUACUGCUGGGUUACAAUCAUCUGAGCCAGCUCUCACCACGAGUGGCUGCACUGCGAGCCCUCAGCCGCCUGGAACUCAAGGGGAACCGGCUAGAGGCUUUACCUGAAGAACUUGGCAACUGUGGGGGACUCAAAAAAUCAGGACUGCUGGUAGAGGAGGCCCUGUAUGAGGGAUUGCCUGCUGAAGUGCGGGAGAAAAUGGAGGAGGAAUAGGAAGGAUCCCUGGGAGUUUCAUCAGUUUGAGACCUCAUUCAGAGAGACUGUAGGGAAAAAAGGCAAAAACCAGAGAAGGGUUUGGCUGAGAGUAGCUCUUAGACAGGUUUGGGAAGUAAAUCUAGGCCUAUGGAAUAAGGGUGGGGUUCCUUUUGGUGGGAUUAGCUAAAUUCUGGAAUUCAGAGACAGUAGCCACACCUGUCUCUUUUGGCUGGUUUUCCCCUUCCAGUCUGAAGUUGGAGUCAGCCCAGUUUCCUUGGCCAGGCCUGGUAUCCUUCCUUUAUCCUCAGUCACUGAACCAUUUGUCUUCAUUUAGUGCCUUAGACUGUGAGAAAAAAAAUGGGGAGGAGGAGAUUGUUGUGGGAAGACUGAAAAGCCAUACUUUCCAGUGAUUGUGAAUGCUGUAGAACUCUCUCACCAUAGCAUCCUCUCUCAGGGGAGAAACAUAGCUUAGAGACUAUUCCCCAAAUCCUGAAUCCAAUCCCUUAUUUAUAAACUUGUCAUAAAUACUUUUUGAGCAAGGAUUUGGGGAGCUGAGAUUUUUUUUUUAAUUGAAAAGCCGGAAGCCCCCUGAGGAUAGUAAGUAUCUUUUGUAGGCUCACAGUACAGAGCCAAGUACAUGGUGGUGCUUAGUAAGUAUCAAGCAAAGCCAAUGAUUGCGACACUGAUUUCUAGGGUUUCUCUGCCCUAUGACAGAGUCCCUGUUGUAUUUUGUCCAAACCCAGGUCUUUUCCUUCUCUUCCAGCUCCCCAGAUUCAUUCAUUUCCUAUACAUCUUAACAGGGAAUUUUUAGGUUGACCUUGUCAUUUCUUCCAACUUGUGCCUUUUGUAAAACAUCCUCUGUAAAAUCCCUGUGUAAGGUUUCAAAUUAAGUUUAGAUCAACAUCUUAUAUCCUAUACCAAAAUAAAUUCAAAAUGGGUAAAUAAGUCAUAAAUAAUUUAAGUAGACAUAUGUGAAGAUUGGAUUUAGCUAUCUCCUAAUUGUAACAAUGAAAAUACUUAGCUUUUUCUUUAUUGUGAAGAUAAAAUUGUAACUGAUUGUAACUGAUAACAAUGAAGCUUCCUUUAUGGUGAAA